CCGUUGUUGUCUACUUCUAGUAACAAAUACAAUGUAUUUUGUUUGCAAAACCACGUUUAUUCGAUAUUUGUAAGCCGCUCAAACGUGAGAGGAAUGGCGGCUUCCGAGUUAGAAGAACUUAUUGGUUUCCUCGAUCAUCCUCGUGCAGAGGUUCGCGAGAUGUCAGCUGAUAUUGUUGCUGGUUUGACGGCAACUCCUGAGGGCAUCGAAAAUGUGAAGACGCGGCAGCGACCAUUGGCGUUAAAGCUGUUCCGGUCCGUGGGCCUCGGCGGGGAUGCUGCACGGAAAAGCCUGGUCGCGCUUGUAAACGUUUCACAUGACCCAACAUUUGUGGAGGUAUUACUGCAAUUAAACGUCGUUAACCGGGUCAUGGAGAUGAUCCGCGACGGGUCAGUACCGCAUGUUGACCUGCUGACGAGUCUGCUUGCCAACGUCACAAUCAGCGAAAAGGGCUGCACGGACCUGUUGCAGAUCGGUCAGGGCAGCAUGGAGGGCCUGCACAUGGCCGUCCUCCUCAAAAAGUUCGUGGCCAGCGGCAUCGCGCUCUGCCCCGGCGACGCCGACCCCUACCAGCACGUCGCCUCCGUGCUCACCAACGUCACGCGGCUGGCGGCGGCGCGGCGGCUGCUGCUGCAGCCGGGUCGCGGGCUGCUGGCGGCGCUGGUGUCGCAGCUGGCGGCCUGGAACCCGCUGCGGCGGCUGGGCGCCUCGGGGGCCAUCAAGAACUGCGUGCUGUCGGCGGAGGAGGACGGCACCCUGGAGGCGGUGCUGUCGGAGCCGCAGCUGCUGCGCCACAUGUUGCGGCCCAUCAGCGGGCAGCAGCCGCUGGAGAAGGAGGACACGGUGCGGGAGUGCAUGGCCGAGGCGGUGCUGGUGCUUGCGGGCUCGGAGCGAGGGCGGGAUGUGCUGUGGGAGGUGGGGGCGCCCGAGGCGCUGCGCAAGGGCUACGAGGACGAGCAGCACCCGGGGGUGUGUGUCGCCAUGGAGCGUACGGCAGAGCUCUUCCUGUCGUACGGCACCAUCGACAGCGGCAUGACUCCGGGGGUGCUGGGCGUUGCGUCCAGGAGCGCGCAGGAGCAGCAGCAGCAGCAGGGGGAGGGGCAGGAGGCGGGGGAGGGAAGGGCGGAGGAGCAGCAACAGAAGCGGGC